AUGAAUCGGAAUCAAUUUGAGGACAGAAUAAAUAAAUCUACCUUGCCAUCUCUGCUCGACGCCUGGCCUCUUCAGCUAUCUGUGUGUUUCGGGUGGAUGAAGCCCGUGAAGUGUUCUCUGAGCCUGUGCCCACUUAAGUUCACGAUCUUCUUUACCGAAAUCCUUCUUCUUUGUAAAUGCAAUCUAAAAAAAGGGGCAAUAAAAGAGAAGGUUCACAAAAUUAAGUGGAAAAAGAAACGUGGAGACUUGAGUAUAUGUGACAUCAAUCGUACCCUUUGCUCGAUAACAAGAUCCCAGGCCCUUCCGCUCAAUGCAUAUCUGAUGAAGAAUUUGAUGAAAUCAAAGCCAGAUAACGCCGGCCCAACCCCACCCUAUCCCUUCAAUCGCGCAAAAACUCCAGUUUGCAUAGACAGCAAUCAGUGUAGCAAUCUGCCGUUUAACAAAAAACGAAAAUUAAAAUUGUUGAGCUAA